UUGAAAGGACCCCACCUUCACAAUUACACAAUACACAUUUUGAUACCAGGUCCAUUGGAGACGGACUGUUGCACAGAAUUUAGGAAUACGAGAUACUUGUGGUGGUAUGGGAAAUACUUCCCCGUCUUCAUAAAUAACAAAUACUAUUACCCCGCGCAACCGAGAACUUAUAGUUCACAGCUAGAUCCAAAAAACAGAAUCGGCGCAUUUUACUAUAACGCCUUGUCGCAAUGGCUACCGGUACCCUAGCCUGGGAUCCUUUUGUUGGAGAGCACGUAGAUGCCGAUGCUAACUCUGAUGCGGCAGCCGAUGAAAGCCUCCCAACCUUUUACAUUGGACACCAUGAGUCGAAGCGACCUUUACCUGUCACGGAUUUUGUUCUACAACAGGCUGGAGAUGUUGGAGUAUGCGCUUCCUCGCCCUGUUAAGAAGGUUUGCUAAUAAUUCUGCCCUAGUAUGACAUGCUCACAAGCCCCAUCACAAGUCCUCAUUUCCACUCAAGAGUCCUCACAUUGAUCUCUAAUCACCUCGCGGAAAUAUCAGCGAUUGAUUCAAGCGAUGCGCCAAAUAAAGCUACACCACCAGCUCCCAUCAUUCCACCACUCAAUCCUGUCGAUACGCCAUUGACUCCCUCCGAUACAGUCUCGCAGCUCAUCGCAUAUUCUAGUCCUUGGAUAGAUCUAUGCUCACCCGAUCCGCUAAUCGCAAACAUUUCUCGUCAGGUUUUGAAUAUCGAAAUUGCAUAUGCGUCUUUCUGCGGCGUAGGCAAUGUUAUUAUACCAGGUCCAAGAACAUACACUGGUGGGUCAGGAGACAACAGUGGACUUGCCCAAUAUGCUCGUGCUAUUCAGGAAGCUCUCGCAAUUGCAAGCUAUAUCAACAUUGCUAUUCAUAUUCCUAUGUAUGGGACCGAAGAUCAAAAAGAGAUGACGGGUGAUCUUUUGCCAUUCUCCAGAUACCAGGAAACAGCAGAUGCUUCGAAAGGUGAAAGAGAAAUCGAUUUGUAUGAGAAUUGGGAUGCUUGGAAUUUGAUCCGGGAUGUAUGUAAAUACAAUUCCAGACUUUCAGUAGGUAGGUCGAUGAUUAUAUAUUUUAUUUCUCCAGAAUCAUCUCGUUUCUAGCCUCAUAUUUGUAUUCGUGAGGUUUAAAUAGACCCUAGCGAGGGGUUGUGACCUUCAAAGCAUCAAUUCAUUCUCGCGGACGUACUACUUCUGCCCACAGACCGAAUGUCUCUAAGAAUGGAUACAUGCUAACCAAAUUUACAGCAUUGGCACUUCCGCGUCAACUUCCAAUUGAUUCAGUUCAGUCUCGUUGGUGUGCCGAGCCUCUGAAAUUAUUGACUUUCUCUCAAUCAACAUUCUUGAAGAACAAGGGUGGACAUCCAGUUUUGGGCAAAGCUCAUCAGAAUUUGGUCACCAGAUAUAUGAAGCUUAAGAACGCUCCCUGGCUAUUAUUAUGUGAUGUGGGUCCAAUCCCCGGCUUAGAUGACCCAAGUCAGCAAAUCUCGGUGGCAGAUGGUUAUGCAUCACCAAGUGUUGUUCAAGAUGCGCCUUCUCCAACCCCAGCCGAAGCAGAACAAGCUAGAAGGAAUAGCACUAAAUCACAAACGAAAUCGAAGGAUGUUGCAGCUCAUUUGGUAUAUUUGAGAUAUCUUCAAAGAAACCAACCGGAACGAACUCCUAUUGAAAAAUUCGGUUCAGGCUAUCAAGAUUACUUGCAGGCUCCUCUUCAACCAUUAACUGACAAUCUUGAAUCUGUUACCUAUGAGGUAUUUGAGAAAGAUCCCGUCAAAUAUGAUUGGUACGAGCGAGCUAUAGAACGAGCACUUUCAGAUUGGGCUGUACAAGAAAAGCCUACGUCAAGUCUUAGCGGUGCUGUUGUUAUAGCAGUAGCUGGGUCUGGACGCGGACCUUUAGUUUCUCGAGCUCUAAAGGCAAGUCAAACGACUGGUGUUCCAGUUGAAGUAUGGGCAGUAGAAAAGAACCCAAAUGCUUAUGUUCUCCUCCAACGACAUAACGAAAACAAAUGGAAUGGGGUAGUCAAUGUUGUCAAGACCGAUAUGCGCGCAUGGAAAGGACCAUUAAGAAAUGCAGCUGGACCCAUAGGCCAAGCCGUGACAACCUCUACAACAACUCCAGCAACUCCAGCAACAACCUAUGGUAAAGUCGACAUACUCGUUUCUGAACUCCUCGGUUCUUUUGCAGAUAAUGAAUUAUCACCUGAAUGUAUCGAUGGAGUUCAACACGUACUAGCAUCAGAAUUCGGUAUCUCGAUACCAGCCUCAUACACCGCACAUCUUACCCCCAUCCUCGCACCCCGUCUCCAUGCCGAUAUAUCCAACCGAUUUUCAUCAGAUGAACCCGCUUCAAAUACUCCCUACGUCGUCAUGUUCCACGCGAUCGAUUUCCUUGCCGUCUCAGUUCCAGGGCAUCCUCAAAUCCAACAAGCGUGGGAAUUCUCGCACCCCUUGCCGGUAAACACAUUAAACAUCGCCGAAGCCCGUCGAGGCGGCGGUGUUAGUGGAGGUGGUGGUGGAAGUAUGUCCGGUGGCGAUGGUGCCAAUGAACAUAAUACCCGUUACGCACGUCUUAAGUUCGUAUGUAAGGAUCGGGGUGUGGUGAAUGGACUCGCGGGAUAUUUUGAAGCGGUGCUAUAUGAGGGUGGUGAAAACCCGGAUAAUAAAGUCGAAUUGAGUACGCGUCCUGAUACUAUUGAUGCGAAGAGUAAAGAUAUGAUUUCGUGGUUCCCGAUUUUCUUUCCUUUGAAGGUAUGGUUUCUUCCCCCGUCACCCUUUUUAUGGCCAUGAAUUAAUUGACUAACUUAUACAUAGUCACCUCUCUAUAUUCCAGAUGAUAGCGAGCUGGAAGUUAGCAUGUGGAGACAAACUGAUGAUAGGAAAGUGUGGUAUGAGUGGCUCGUUGAAGCUUUCGUCAUGGUGGGACCUAAUAAGCGUCUGAGAGUGGGUAUGAGUGAGGUGGGUAGCAGUCGACAAAUUGGCUGUCUUAUGUAGAUGAUUUCUUGUAUGAAAAAUGCACAUUUACCAAUCAAAUCCAUCAUUGCAAAAAGAGGA